AUGAUUCAAAAUGACAGACAUUACAUUUAUUUCAAUUUUAACAAGGGCUGCCACAUAGGAUUUAGAUACGAGCAAGUCCAACUUCUUGGCCGCGGCUCAUUCGGCUCAGUUAUCAAAUGUAUCGACCACAAGACUAAACAAUAUGUUGCCGUGAAAGCACUUGCUGACAGUGCUGAUGAUCACCAACAAAUUGUACGGGAAGUCGAAUUCCUGAAAAUCCUCUCAAAGCACAAAAAUGGUUCUCGCCAUAACAAUAUUUGCGAAAUAUUAGACACAUUUUACUUCAGAGGUUUUAUUUUCAUUGUUACCAAGUAUUACGAAGAUAAUUUAUACGACAAAAUAAAGGAAAAUAAUUAUUCCGGUUUUGACCUCGAAAAAGUCAGGUAUCUCGGAAAAGAAAUCGCAAAAGCUCUUUCAUUUACACAUAGUGCCGGUAUUGUUCACUCAGAUAUCAAGCCAGAAAAUAUUUUACUCCACAACCACAAGGUUUAUCUCAUUGACUUUGGCUGCUCCUGUUAUGAUGGCGAACCGUUGUACGAAACAGUACAGAGUUUGUACUACAGAGCUCCAGAAGUCGUGUUCAGCAUCAAAUACAACAAAUCAAUUGACGUUUGGAGUUUUGGAUGUCUUUUGUAUGAAUUGUUCACCGGAAAGCCACUGUUCUGGAGCUCAACAGAGUCAGACUUAAUAUCACAGAUCGUAAACAUCGUCGGCGAACCUCCAAAAGAGAUGGUCAAUUCAUCUCGAAAAAUGAAGCGCUAUUUCUACCAAAAGAAGCUAUCACAAACUAAUAAUGAUGAAAAGAAGAAGACUUAUUUGAAGAAUAAUCUCAAAAACGCUUCUCCAGAGUUUAUUGACUUAAUUUCUCAGUGCAUUUGCUGGAAUCCAACAGAAAGAGUUACAAUGAAUGAUGUUCUUAAUCAUCCUUUCUUUAAGAAGUAA